GAGGAAGUGGUGGGUGUGGCUGGGCUCACCUGGAGUGACGUAGCGCGAGCGACACCGAGGCCGUGUAGGUGCAGGAAUGCGCUGAAGUUCUGCUAAAAAUAUAAUAUGUUCAGGAUCCGUGGAGGGAUAUCUGACAUCAGCACAUUUUCAAAAUCACAGUGCAUGUGAUAUUAGCCGGGUUUGUGUUGUGGUCUGCUGGUGACCCCAAACUGAUGUGACAAACACUUUCGUCCAGCCGAUCAGGAAACCGGGUGAAGGUGCCAUGUCCCACAGAAAUUCCUAUGGCUCCACAGGGAACCAGUCUCUCCUUCCUCCGGAGAGCCGUUUCAGCUCAGUCCUUCAGCUGGACCAGCCUUCUGGACGUUCGUCCUCGAGCAUCGACCUGUCCAGAGUGGAUUCCCCAGAGGAUGAGGGGAGAACUGUGGUGCUCAGCACCCAGAGCGAAGCUGCUCGCAGGCAGGGCACUCAGCAGCUCAUCCCCAAGAACCUGGCUGUGAGCAGCCGCCCAAAAAACCGCCACCACACCACCGUGGUGACCCUGCCUGUCAGCCUGCAGCUCUCAGACGUCUCCUGGGAGGACUACGACAGUGAUUCGGGCAGUGGGUUUUCACUGAGGAGAAAUCGCAGGAAUAAAUCGUAUCGUGCUGCCGUCACUAGUCUGAAUCUUGAUGCUUUGCCAAGCGAACUCCAAACAGAAAUGCUGACACCGGUCAGUGAGCAGAAGGCGGUCAACCAAAAGCAAGCACAGAAAUCAGGACGCAAGAGAACACUGGGAAGGACCAGGAAGCACACUGGCUCAUUUAAAGAUGAGCCGCGGUUUUACCAGGAGAUCAAGGAGCGAGGCCUGAACGCCAGCAACCUGAGCACAGAAGACGAUGAGUUAUCACCGACCGAGCCUCCAGAGGAGGAUCAGGGCAUCGUGGUGAAGAACUACAAGGCAGCGUACAUGACAUGGAGUCAACUUCCACAGGUGAAAGAUUUGGGCAUUUUGGAUAUCAUCUCCCCUGAAGAACGCAAAAGACAAGAAGCCAUCUUUGAAAUCCUCACGUCAGAAUAUUCCUACCAGCACAGUUUGAGUAUCCUGGUGACUCAUUUUAAAGACAGUGCAGAUUUGAAAAAGACCAUGACAACAACCGAACACCAUCAUCUGUUCUCCAACAUAUCCGUCAUCCAGGACGUCAGCAAACGGUUUUUUGAGGAUCUGGAUACACGUCACCAAAAAUACCCUGUGAUCACGGACAUCAGUGAUCUAGUGAAUAAAUAUGCAACUUUCGAGCCGUACAUUGUAUACUGCUCCAAUGAGACCUUCCAGCAGAGAACGCUCCAGAAACUACAGUCAAGUAACAGUGCUUUUCGAGAAACUCUGAAGCGGAUUGAAAGCAGUGAAGCUUGUGGAGGUUUGCCCAUGAUCUCCUUCCUCAUCUUACCCAUGCAGAGAAUCACUCGCCUGCCACUUCUUCUAGAUACCAUCUGUCAGAAGACCCCUAAAGAGAAAGCUGAAUACUUUGCUGCCUGUUGGGCUUUUAAAGCUAUCAGUAAGCUGGUGAAGUGCUGUAACGAUGGAGCGCGGACUAUGGAGCGGACGGAGCAGAUGUACACCAUCCAGAAACAGAUGGAGUUUGGCAAAAUCAAGCCUUUCCCAUUAGUGUCGUCAUCUCGCUGGCUGAAGAAGAGCGGUGAGCUGGCUGUGUACACUGAUGAUCUGAGCAUUUUCCGGAAGGCUAUCAGCAUUAAGAGCUACUAUCUAUUCCUCUUCAAUGAUGUGCUCAUCGUCACCAAGAAAAAGAGUGAGGAGAGUUAUGUUGUGUUGGACUACGCCACUGUGGACAAGGUUGAGGCGGAAGAGGAAAUGACAGACUCCAAACUCAAUCUGAAGCUGCUGAUGCAUGCCAGCAGUGAGCAGAUGAUACUCGUGGCGGAACGCAAGCUGGACAGAGCUCGAUGGGUCACCGCACUCCACGAUGUCAAAAAAAGCAAGAGCAUCGCUAAUGAUAACUUGCCUCAGUAUGAAGCUACUAAAGCCUACAUGCCAAAAGCACCAGAUGAGCUGAGCCUGCAGCAGGCAGAACUGGUCAUCGUUUUACAGGAAGUGGAAGGCUGGUGUCAUGGAGAACGGAUGAGAGAUGGAGAGAGGGGCUGGUUUCCUGCCAACUGUGCCACUCAGAUCACAAACCGCACCGCCAUGGAGAACAACAUACAGCGUAUGGAGCGAUUGCGCAAGGAGACCGACGUCUGAGCAGACUC